AGUCGCUAUAGCAACGGAAAUAAUGGCCGACUAUUCUGGAAAUGAAAGCAGAGGAGUUUUGCGCUCAAAACGAGUAUUUAUUAACAGGGUAGAUUCGUAUUCAUCAAAGUACAUUGGAAAGUUUCUAUCGACCUGUAUCGUUGGUGAGUCUUUAGAGGGCCAAGACAAGGAAGACGAAGACAAUUCCUCUGUGGAUAAGGGUGGCAGCUCAGCGCCACCAGAACGAGCAUUUCAGAUUGUGGGAACUGCAUCUAAUGGAGAUGAAGAGAAACAAAGUUUUACGGUUGAGGAAUAUUCAUCAGAUGACAAAAAUGAGCUUCUUCAGCGUCUGACAGAGUGCGAUGUUAUUGUGUAUAACAUCACUGAAGAUGCUAAUGAGCUACAAGAGGCAGCAUGGGCCAUCACAGCUCUACAUGGCCAAAUUGAGAGUUUCAUUUUCCCCAAGAUUUUUAUUCUAGUGACGCCCCUUAUGACUUGGGCCUUGACCAAACAAGAAGAUGACGCGGCUUUGACGGAAGAUGAUUUCAGGAGAAGAAGGCCCCUUGCCAACUACAAAGAGUUCUCUGCUUUUGAGAAGACUGUGCUAAAGUUGGGAAAGACUAAAAGGUCUCGGCUGUCAACAUACGUUGUGACAUCAGGGCUGAUAUAUGGCAUGGGAGAGGGAAUUUUCCACCCCCUUUUCAAGAUGGCAUGGCUUGGAGAAGUGGACAGACUUCCUGUUUGUAUACCUGGAACAAACAAUGUUCCCACCAUUCACGUCAACGACCUAGCAGGAGUGAUUCAAAACAUCAUCGAUCAUAAGCCACGAGAAUUCUUUUUUUUCGCUGUGGAUGAAGGCAAAUAUGCACUGGAGGAUAUUGUAAAGGCUAUCAGCCUCCAUCUAGGUCCAGGGAAAAUCGAACAGGUGCCAAAGGAGGCAGUCUUGCAAGCGAAAUUGUUCACGCUUGCAGAGCUUGACUACUUGAGCAUUAAUCUCAAAGUAGAUGCCGCUUCAGCGAAGAACACUCUGAAUGUGCAGUGGACUUGCGAAAAUGGAUUUAUUGAGAACGUGGGUCUCAUCAUCUCAGAAUACAAGAUCAUCAGAGAGCUACUGCCGAUCAAAAUAUGCAUCCUCGGGCCUCCUGCUGUUGGUAAAAGCACAGUGGCCCAAAAACUGUGCAAUUUUUACAAAAUACACCAUAUUGACGUGAAGGCCAUAUAUGAGAGGAUGAAAUCUUUGGGUGCUGAUAAUGAACAGAUAUCUGAAUACAAAGUUUCACCUGAAGAUGCGGAGCAUCUGCACAGACUGGUGAAGGAGACGUUGAAUUCAAUGCCGUGUAAAAACAAAGGGUAUGUCUUGGACGGCUUCCCAAAGACAUUUACAGACGCGCUAGACUUUUUCCAAGGUAGUGUAGAGGACUUUGGACCAGAUGAAGCGGGCGCCGUAAUAAAUGAUCUCACUGCGGCCAUCAUGCCAGAGCAUAUAUUCUCAUUGGAUGCCACUGAUGAGUUCCUGAAGCAGCGCGUCAUGGCCCUGCCCGAGAGGGUGGCGGUGCGGCAGGGCUACACACAGCAGGCCUUCCUCUCCCGGCUGGCCACCUACAGACGGGAUAACGUGGAGGACACCACCGUGCUCAACUACUUUGAUGAGCUGGAGAUCCACCCAGAACACAUUGAAAUCAAUGAUCCAGUGGACAAAAACAGCCUGGCGGUGGUGGAGAAAAUCACUGCCAUAGUCGGGGAGCCCAAGAGCUACGGGAUGAGCAGCGAGGAGCGGCAGGCGGCCAAGCAGAAGGCCGAACUCCUCCAGCAGGAGAAACAGAGGAAGCAGGAGGAGGAGAGGAGGCGCAGGAGGGCAGAGGAGGCCCACAGGAUGGCCGAGCAGCUGGAGAAGUGGGAGCGUGACGUGAGUGAAGUGAAACGUCAGGAGGAGGAGAUGCUGGAGGCUCGCUCCUUCCCGCUCCGCAACUACCUGAUGAAGUACGUCAUGCCCACAGUCUCCCAGGGCCUGCUCCAGAGCUGCAAGGCCAAGGCCCACGACCCAGUGGACUACCUGGCUGAAUACCUCUUGAGGAACACGUUUGAGGAUGACUGAGCUUGCCAUGGGAAUGUGGAUCAGCAGUCAGUUGCUGUGCUGUUUAUUUUAUCUAUUUUUUUCGCGACCAGUAAAAGUACUUGAUUUCUGUCAA